AAAUGCAUGCGCUUCAACCCAGMUGCAACAGUGUGGGUGGCCAAACAGCGCAUCCUGUGUUCCCUMAACCAGACCCUGAAAGAUGUGCUGAACUACGGCCUGUUCCAACCGGCCAGCAGCGGCAGGGACGGCAACUUCCUGGACGAAGAGCGACUCUUUCGAGACUAUCCUCAGCCAAUCAGCAAGGGCGUCCCCUGUUUAGAGUUUCGCUACAAGAGCCGAGUCUACAGACAACCUAACGUUGAUGAGAAACAGAUCGCCAAGCUUCAUACAAAGGCCAAUCUAAAGAAGUUCAUGGACUUUAUUCAGCACAAUCAGGUGGACAAAGCAGCUAAGAUGCUGGAGAGAGGUCUGGAUCCCAACUAUCAUGACAGUGACACUGGAGAGAGUCCGUUGACGUUUGCGUCUCACCUGGACAACAUGGUGGAGAUGAUCAAGGUCCUGARGAACGGAGGAGCUCACCUGGACUUCAGGGCCAAAGAUGGCAUGACCGGUCUCCACAAAGCUGCUCGCUCCAAGAACAAGAUCAUCCUGGUGGCCUGUCGCCAUGGCCACGUGCAACAUCUGGAACAUCUGUUGUUCUACGGAGCAGACAUGAGCGCGCAGAACGCCUCGGGGAACACGGCGCUGCACAUCUGUGCCCUGUACAACCAGGAUAACUGUGCCAGAGUGCUGCUGGUCCGUGGAGCUGACAAGGAAGUGAAGAACUACAACAGCCAGACUCCAUUUCAGGUGGCCAUUAUUGCUGGAAACUUUGAGCUUGCUGAGCUCAUCAAGAACCAUAAAGUCUCAGAUAUAGUCCCAGUGGCCACAGCGAGGCGGUCGGCACCAGGAGGAAGCUGUACAGCGCUGUUCCAGGAAGGCAUUUUGUGGUGGUCCGACCUUACACCGUCCAGGCUGAGGGAGAGAUCAACCUGUACAAAGGAGACCGGGUCAAAG